AUGAAGCGUGGACUCCUUCUGGAGGAGACGAGAUCGGGUGGGGAACUCACCGAAUCUGCAACACGAACGACAGCGGCAGGUGGAGCUGUCGUAGGGCUUGUAGUCAGAGCUGUCAAGGCGGCGACGAUCGACAAAGUUCUCCACCUCGACGUUUUCUCCUUUCUCCCCCGACGUCGUCAGCCUGCGUUUCCUCCGACAAGAGCUUCCCUAAUCUCUGUAGCUUCAAUGGCUAUUAAAGGCAAAAAGUCACAGAAGAAACCAAACAGUAAGGAGAUUGUUUCUGUGAAGAGCAAAAAGAAAAAUGAUAUUCUGAGCGAGUCUGAUAUGGAAGACGAAGAACUGGAACAACAGCAGAGUAUCAACAGUGAUGAAGGUGGGGAUUCGGGGUCGGAACUUUCGUUGGAUGGGGAUGAUACAUAUGCACGCGAUGUUUUAGGAGGCAACGACGAUGAAGUUAAGGGGUCAGGUUCAGAUUCGGAAUUGGAUUCCGGAUCCGAUUUGGAAUUGGAUUCCGGUUCCGAUUCCGAUUCCGAUCGUGAUCCUCAGGCAGAAUCUGCAGCUAUAGACAAAGAAAGUGCGAUAGUACAACAAGAGGGACAAGAUGAACUACAACUUAAUAUCAAAGAACAACCUGAUGAGUUUCGAUUGCCGACACAGGAGGAACUUGAAGAGGAAGCUCGUGGACCCCCUGAUCUCACUGGUCUCCAACAAAGAAUAAAAGAGAUUGUUAGGAUUCUCUCAAAUUUUAGUUCUUUGAGGCAAGAGGGAGCAACAAGAAAGCAGUAUAUAGAGCAACUUAAGUUGGAUUUAGGAUCAUAUUAUGGCUACAAUGAGUUCCUUAUUUCUUCAUUUGUUGAGAUGUUUCCACCUGUUGAACUUAUGGAACUAAUUGAAGCUUUUGAAAAGCCUCGACCAAUCACCCUACGUACCAAUACAUUAAAGACACGGAGACGAGACUUGGCUGGUGUUUUGUUAAAUAGAGGUAUCAAUUUGGAUCCUUUAAGCAAGUGGUCAAAGGUUGGCUUGGUUGUAUAUGAUCAUCAAGUGCCAUAUGGUGCAACCCCAGAAUAUAUGGCUGGUCAUUACAUGGUGCAAAGCGCAAGCUCUUUUCUACCUGUAAUGGCUCUUGCUCCUCAAGAGAAGGAACGGAUUGUUGAUAUGGCGGCAUCUCCUGGUGGUAAAACCACUUACAUUGCAGCUCUUAUGAAAAACACUGGUAUUAUUUAUGCUAAUGAGAUGAAGGAGAAGAGGCUUAGUAAACUAACAUCUAAUUUACAACGAUUGGGUGUUACAAAUACUGUAGUAUGCAGCUAUGAUGGGAAGGAGCUCCCAAAAGUAUUGGGACAUAACACAGCAGACAGGGUUUUGUUGGAUGCCCCUUGCAGUGGUACUGGGGUUAUAUCUAAAGAUGAAUCUGUCAAAACCUCUAAAAAUGCUAUUGAUGUACAGAACUUCUCACGUCUACAAAAGGAACUAAUACUUGCAUCAAUUGACAUGGUGGAUGCAAAUUCAAAAUCAGGGGGUUAUGUGGUUUACUCCACAUGCUCCUUGAUGGUUAUUGAGAAUGAAGAUGUUAUAGACUAUGCACUGAAGAAGAGGGAUGUGAAACUCGUGCCAUGUGGACUAGAUUUUGGUCGCCCAGGGUUUGUUCGAUUUAGGGAACGUAGAUUUCAUCCAUCAUUGGAAAAGACAAGACGUUUCUAUCCACAUGUCCAUAACAUGGAUGGCUUUUUUGUUGCAAAGUUGAAAAAAAUGAGUAAUUCAAAGGGAGUUCCUGGAACAUAUUCUGAAGUACAAGAAGAAGAAGAAGAGGUGGAAGAAGGUUCUGAAAUCAUGGAAGAAGAAAUUCCUCAACAAAAACAAAAGAAAGAGGUAUUGAAAAAAGAGAAAAAAAACUCAAAUGAUGCUUCUCUUAAAAGAAAAAAACAAGAAGAAAAACCUGCCACUUUUGAGAAGAGGAAGAAAUAUAAACCUCCUCCUAGAGAAGAGAUCUCAAAAGCCAGGGAAGAGAAGAGAGAAGCUCUAAGAGAAGCAAAGAAGAAAACAAAAUCCUCAACCAAGAAAAGGUUAAUUAAAUCAUUUUGGGCGGGCUUGUUAUAG